AUGUCAGAAUUAUUCACAAUUUAUUAUGGUAGAUUAUAUCAAUAUCUCAACCGUGAUUCAGUAGAAGAUGUACAUUCAUUUUGCAAAAGUCAUGGAUUUGAUGCUUUACCACAGUUUAUUAAUGUUAUAAAAGAUAAGAAUUCAGAAGAUGGGGCUCUGCGUAAAUGCCUGGAAAUAUUGCAUAACUAUCUGAAUAUUUCUUAUUCGUAUCAAACUGAUGAAG